AUGGAGCCGUCUCCCCUUACUCACCAGCCUCGGCCAGAGGACGAUUCGGACGACACCGAGCGAUCAGAAGGGUUCUGGAAAGAGUUCUUCCUCCUCAGGCCUGACCGGCCGGCUCUGCGGAAGAUACUCGACGAGACGAGGCCCAAUGACUUGCUGCAGCUUCAGCACCAGACCCAACAGCUGUUUGUACAGGCCAUUGCCGCUCUGAGGCACCCAUAUGGCGUGGCGGACCUCCAUGCGCUGGAUACCCUGAGCACGUUUAUGCUCGCGGUGCUGGCCAAGAAGUAUACGAACCCGAGCUCUGACAUUAUCGAGCUGCUCGCCGGCCUGGACCACAUCGACAACGUUUUUACCGAGUUCGUCAGCGCAUUGGAGUCGAUCAUCCGGACUGGGAGGAGCACGACGCACGAAUGUUGCCCUGGCGGCAUCGGCCAUGUCGGGCAGGAGGAGCCGCGGGUAGGGAACCGAGCUAGCUGCACGUACACAGCCGACCUCCAGCAGAGGGCAGUCGAGGUAGCGUUGGCGGUCACGUCCGGAGCCUACCAGACCAGCCUGCUCACCUACUUCAUCCAACGGGACCUUUUCCCAGCCAUCAUCAACUGCAUCCAAUCACAAAUCUCGUCCCCGGCGCCCAAGAUAUCCUCACCCUUCGUGCUCCUCGGGCUCCUGGCCAACUACAACAAGUUCGAGUUCCAGAACCCCUACCAGAUGCGACUCAAUGAUUUCGUCAACGAGAGGGUCAUAAGGGGCAUCGUCAAAAGCGUCGGGCAGACAUGCCAAAGGUUGAGGGCGCAGUACCUCGACGUGCAGGAGGACCUCCCAGAAGGCUGGUCACUAGCGGGUACGUUGAGCAAGAUUGGGCUUGGGGCUAUUGCUCCGGGGGGCAAGCCACCGCCAAAGCCAGCCUAUGACGCAGACACGGCGAAGAAAAUGUUUGCAGAGUUUCAACUGACCCCAAGGUUCGUUCGCAGACCCGGCCGGGAAGCAGCUGUGCUGCUUGCCACGUACGACUUCACCCACGCCAACAAACUCUUCAGCUUGGAACUGGUCACCUGGACGCCGGGAAAGGGCGAAGAACAGCCGUUCGCGAGCUUCAUCUCCCUGACCUCAUACCUCCUCCAACACGCGCACCUCUCCCAGCGCACAACUCUCUACUGCCACCUCAACCUGAUGGUCUUCCGCCUCCUCGUCGAGGACCCCAUCCUCUGCAAGCGCAUCUGCAGCGAGGACAGCAAGGUGCCCGUGCGCCUCUGCCGGCAGCGCUCUCCGUACCUCCCUCUGGUGCGCGGCGAACGUGUCCUGGCGACGGCCGUCAUGGACACGAUGCUGGACGCCAUCAACCACAACCUGCGGCGGCGGCUGGACGCCGGGCUGUACACGGUCUGCGUCGGGAUCCUGCUUCGCGUCGUUGGCUAUAUGUCGCGUUCGCGCACCCGCCUGCAAUACCACUGGGCCGACUUUUUCCGCUCGCUCCUGUCGCUGGUGCGCUUCCUGACGACGUACGCGGCCGAUCUCAAGGCGCUGCCGCAUAUUGACACGCUUCUGGAUCACGUGGUGAACCUGAUCGCGCUGGGACUGUCGGCAGGCGAGACAUUUCUGCCGACGCCUGCGGCGUACGAUGACCUGUUCUACAAGGUGGUCGAGUCGGGCGAGGUCCUCAUCAAGUUCAGGGACACGUACGGCUUGGCGAACCGGGCGAGUAACUCAAUCGAUACGCUGGUCAACGUGAGCAUGCACUACAAGGAGAUGCUUGCCGGCAGUGACGGGGGGAAAGGGAACGCGGGUGCUGGGCAGGGAGCGCGCUCGCAGUUGACGAGUAUGCAGGUCGCCGAGGUGAUCAAGCAAGGGUAUGAGACGCUCAGCAUCCAAGCUAAGGAGGGUUUGGAUGAUUGGGAGAAGUACCGCGAGGCAGAUGAGAGGACGCUGCUGAAGAAGAUGGCGAGGGCUGCGGUGGGAGAUGUAAGAGAGAUGCUGGCGCAUUAGUCUGGAGAAACGAAAGG